CAUGAUACAAUAAUAGUAUCAAAACAAAUUAAGACAACCUAGCUAAAUCCACAUGCUCAAUACAUAUUCUCUCACUCUCUUUCUCACAAAAACAAAAACAAUGCCAAGAGUCAUGUGGAAAAACUUCCAUCUUUGCUUCCCAUCAAAUCUCACCAAGCCCUCUUCAUCUCCGUCCGGUGCCACCUCCGACGAUCCCAACCGUCCAUCCAUUCUUCUCAUCAACAACUUUAACCUCCUAUAUGACGACUCCUCCGCCGCCCACCGCCGCCUAUCCAAGCCUCUUAUCCACGACGUUGAACCCUCUUCCACCUUCACCGCCUCCACCUCCACCGCAGCUAACUCUUCUUCCUCCUCUGCCUCUUAUGAUGAUUCCGAUAAUUACGGUUUUGCCCCUGACGACGACUCUCCCCCUCCUGACUUAACCGCCGUUUUAGCCUCCCGCCGCUUCUUCUUCUCUUCUCCUGGCUGCUCAAACUCAAUCACUGACUCGCCAGAUCUCCGCUGCCGGGAUAAUUACGAUACUGCCACUAGGCUUCUUACCGGAGGAACCGCCGUGAAACACUACGUGCAAUCUCCUGAUCCGUACAACGACUUCCGACGAUCAAUGCAGGAGAUGAUCGACGCCGUUACAAACGCCGGAGAUCUUCGCCGUUACGAGUUCUUGCAUGAGCUGUUACUCAGUUACCUCUCUUUAAAUGCCGCCGAUACACACAAGUUCAUUAUCAGAGCUUUCGCCGACAUUCUCGUCUCUCUCCUAUCGGACGGUCACCGGAUCAGCUGAGCUGACGUGGCAUAUAUAUAUUUAUUCUCUCUUCAUGUUAUGUAAAAAGUAACACAUGUUAUUUAUUUUUGUAAUGCGUUACUUAGGACAAAUAAUCAGAACUAAAGUUAAUGUAAUUAUUUUGUAAUGAUACGAUUGAGAAAGUCGAGAGAGGCGUGGGUUUUUGUCUCGAUCGCAUGCAGUUAGAUUCUUCUUUUAAUUUGUUUCUAUUUUUGUCUUUUUACCCUUUUAAAUUAAAUAAAUUAAAUGUUCUGGAGUA